AGAAGAAAGUAAUAAAUAUUUUUAUUAUUAUUACAAAAUAGCAGAAUUCUAAAUUUUGUUACAACCGCACAAAAAAAAAAAAACCUCGUCUGCUCUUAUCUCGCGAGAAAAUAACUUUCCACGCGAGAUCUCAUGGCGAAUUCUGGGCGAAAGCAUCAGAAACAUCGUUCUUCCAGAAGAAGACUCGCUGCAAUCAGUUUCUUAUCAAAUAUUUCACUAGAUGGUACCCACAAUGACACAAAAUUGGCUGUCUAUAGUCGAAAGCAUAAAGGAAACGACGUUUCGAUUGAGAAUGGCGAAGAUCAAACUGCAGAAACAUCAACAUGGGCUGGUAAACAAUUGUCACGGGAGAUAACUAAUGAAGCUUCAGGCACUGGCCUGAAGCAGUCGAAAAAAUCUGUAAACAAAGAGAGACCUUCGUCAGGAUCUAUACGUUCAUUUUUAGACGGAAACUAUGGCAGCACUGCAAAAGCGGAGAGAACGGUGGAUGUUGUUCCGUUUAUUACUACAGGAUCAAAGAGGUGGAGAACAUCAUCAUUGUCUGGAGACCAUGACCGACAAGAUAUCAAGAAAAAGCUGAGCCAUAUGAUCUCAGACGUGGGAGUCAAAAGAGAAAUUGCAGAGUCUCUAGGUGAUCGUUCACGAUGCUCAAGCUCUAUGUCAGAAAAUUCAAGUGAGUCUGCUCCUAAAGAAGUCCGAUUCCUGUCACCUGACACUCAGAGGAUUACAUCAUCAGGAAGCGUAUUUUUCAGAGUGUACUUUGUGUCCAAAGAUAGAGUUCCAGUUGCCAUAAGCUCAGUGUUGCCAUUUGGAAGAAGUACAGGGCAAAGAUCCGAUGUUCUUCUUGAUGAACUGAGACCUAAAGUCGGCAUACUUCAGGGUUCUCGAUCCAUUUCUUCAUCAGAGGGACUUUUUCAUAUUGGCUUACAAGUGUCAGCACGUGUGGAAGAGGGACAGGAUGUGUCAUAUGCCAGGUUUUUAGUCCCAGCCCUAAGUCGUCAGUUAAAGAGAGCCAGUUCUGAUGGCACAGCAGUGAUGACAUCAGAAGGAAUGCUGCACCCUCAGGGGCUUGAAGUUCUUCGCAGCCUUUCUCAUGAUGCAUGCACUGGCCUGCGAGGCAGUCAUGCAUUGGACAGAGUUCCAGAAGAUGUCAUGGAGUAUUACGAUGCCAAUAUCCUUGAUGAUCCUGAGCUACACUGUGGUAGCUAUCGAACACACAUGACAUUUUCAUCAUAUGUGGUGUCUGUGAUGGACUAUGUGAAGCCUGCUCUGCUAAAGAAAGAACUAAAUGAAAAGUUCAAAGAAAGGUUUCCCAACAUUCAGUUAACUCUGACAAAACUACGCAGUUUGAAAAGAGCACUGAAACAGAUAGCACAUAUCAAGUGCCAGAUUGAUCAAUGGACGGUUGCUCAAGCCUACGUGUAUUUUGAGAAACUUGUUCUCAAGCACCUCAUCAACAAGCAAAAUAGAAAGCUUUGUGCUGGAGCAUGUCUUCUCCUAUCAUGCAAACUGAAUGAUGUCAAGGGUGCUGAGCUAUCCAGGCUCUUAGAGACAAUUGAAGAUGUUUUCAAGCUUACUCGUAAAGAGCUGCUGUGCUUUGAAAUAGAAUGCCUGGUGGCUCUGGAAUUAUGUCUGCAUGUUCCUGAUAUGGAAGUCUUCUCGCACUACCAGCGUCUUCUUUACAAUUCCUGAUAAACUCUAAAAUUGUAGUUUUUACCAACAGCAGUCAACUCCAGAACUCUCCACAGCAUGUCCCAGCAGUGUUUAGGCCUGUGACAUGGCUAAAUAUCUAAAUAUUGGCUAUUGAUUAUUUCAAUUUAUGUUAAGGAAAAUUUUUGUCAGAGAUUAUAAACACUACUUUUCACUUUCUUGUUAUUAUCUAUUCAGCUUCAAAAACUUUCCUUUUAAGUGUAUUUUUAAGGAAUUUCUUAUGAGAAGUUGCUUGAGAUCUGAUCUGGCUCAGACCAGGCAAAUGUUUUAUUUUAGCUUACUUUUGUCCAUAUCUUCAUUACUUUAAUAUGAGCAGAGCCUCUUCUUGGUUAUGGCAUUGCUGCUAGCUUUGACAUAACCUUCUUACUAUUCCAAAUGAUCAUAAGGUCUUGAAUGUCAACAAGCAUGCUGCAAGGCAGAGUGUUCUGAUUGAAAAGGGUUGAGUAUAUAAGACCAUGUUAGGCACAUAGAUGUAAAUAAUACAGCAAAGUGUUAUGGCUGUUUCAUUGCCUUUGUGGUGUAUAUCUAAUUUAAUUGAUCGAUGGGUUAAUUUGUCAUAAGGGGUUUGUAAUUGUCUUCCAUGAGAAUCACCUAUAAAAUCAGUUUUCUGACAAAACAGCAUUUUCCUUGCAGGUCUCUCUACAAAUAUAUCUUUUAUUUUUCUAAGGGUAAAACUUGAGGAGGGGUUGUUGGAAAGGUGGAGGUCUCUUGCAUAAAGGUGAGAGUCCUCAUAAGCUGUACACUAUUUUUGUUCAUCACCCUUGUGGGUGUAAAUGCAGCAAACAUAUUAAGUCAAAGACACCUCAUUGUAUGUUCUUGAAGACUAGAUACCUGGUUGACAAAACUGCAGUACAGUACCAAAGUUUUCAAUAUAAUACUGCUGUUUUUCAACCUUCUCAGCUUUGACCUGAGACAUCAUCUUUUGAGUUUUUUUUUUUCUCCUUCUUCUUUUAAAGUUUUCAAAUUAAUGUUUAAUAGCACAGUCUAUCAUUGACAUGAUACACUAGAGUAUGUGUGUUAAAUGUCUGUGUGAGUAUGUAUGCCUGCCCUUCUGAGCGAAGAAAAAUUUCUGUCCUGGGUCUCCUCAACAGACAAUAAAGUCUGAUUUGAUUUGAUGCUUCUCACUGUUGAAAAGGUAGAGAGCCCAGAGUUGAAAGUGUUUUUGUCAGAAACUGUUAUGUCAAAAUAGUGUGUAUAAAUUUAUGUAUAUAUAUUUAAACAUCAAUUAUAUGUGUUAAAAUAACAUUUGAAAGUUAACACAGCGACUCAGGCAAUAGCAGUCAGAAUGAUUUUCUUUGGCUCUCUCCUUUUCUCAUGUGCCACCUGUGAAAUAUUUGUUCUUGCCAUCAGAACUACAGUGUAUAAGCAGAUAAUCUACCUUUUACACCAUCUGAUAGGCUCAACAUACAAUAGCUUAGGUCCAGUGUGUUGAAAGAUAACUGCCAUUUACUAGCCUUAAAUACAAAUAUUAUUACCAUGAUAGCAUAUUGCAUUAUUUUCUGUUGUUUUAGGUCUUCUUUAUUUCUAUGUUAAGUUUUAUAUAUAUAUACACGGAAGAUAUUUUAUUACAACUUUGUCCCCUCUUUUCCCUCAGUGUUAUUGUUUUCAUGUUAUUCCCUGUGUACCGAAUUCAGUCAUCAUAUCUAACAUGUUUUAUUUUUUAUUUUACAUGAGGUUGUUCCUUGGUUUAUAAAAGCUAUUUUUUCAGAUUAUUAUUAUUAGGACUUUGAAAGGGUUUCUAGCAUAAAGCAUUGCAUAAUGACAUAAUCAUUUUGACAAGUUUUUUUUAAUAAUUCCAAAACAAAAAAAUUUCUUUUUCCAAUGGUGCAUAUCUGUUCAGUGACCACUGCCAUGGACGAAUAUGAUUGAUAAUGGAAUAUUGUGAAAUUUGGUCUAUACCUACUUGAGUAAAAUUCCCCUGCCAAUAUCCUUAGAAAAUAGUCUCUUCCUACAAAGUUUAUAUUUUUAACAGAGAAUAUUAAAAUGUGCUCAGGAAUGAAAAGGAAGCUUGUUGAAGGUUAUUUCUAUGUCAGAAAUGUAAAGUUUUUUAAAACAUUAAUCAUCAAAGAGAUUGUUGUUUAAUCAAUGCUUUUUCUAAAAUAAUUUUUCAAGUACACAAUAGAAAUUUUCUGUGCAUGUUUCCUCAGAUCUCAGGACCCAAAACAAUAAAAGGCUGUCAGAAGAAAAUCACAUUUAGAUAAAGUUUAUCAAAUUUUCUAAAUUUUCAAUUAUAGUUUUUCAGUGCAUCUUAAAUUCAGUAACAUCAAAAUCUUUUCAAUAGACAUCUUACCAGUUUUUAAGGUUUCAGAGGCCCACUCACCAGUUUUAUAAUACAUUUUCUGUAAUGUCAGUAAAUAUUUUGUGGAAUUUGAGUGUGUACCUUAUUCUUAAAAUUUAAAAAUAGAAUAGGAUCUUCUUUUUGCACUACAGUAAUACCUCCUUAUUAAGACUAGCUGAAAUCCUCCAAAAUUAGGCCAUAACUGAAGGGCAUCAUAGUAGGGAGAUUAACCAGUCUGCUUUCAUUCUAGUAAUCAUGACUUCAAACACCUAUACAUUCAAGUUCAUUAAAACCAUAUCAUUGCUGGUUUUCUUUGUUGUUUUCACUUUCACUUGGUCAUUCUUAAUUUGCCAUAUUUUUUAAUUGACUGAAGCUUUAUAGCUUUGACUGAAACUCUCUGGAUAAGAGCAAAUGAUGAUCAAUACAAUUGAUUGGAGGAGUGGGGAGGGCAUGAGGGAGUCAUUUUGAGCAUAAACCAUAUCUCCCUAGCUAUAUCAACCCCCCUCCCCUCCAUCUGAGUCAAAUUGACCCCGCUGUAAGCAUACUGUCCGAUUUAAGAUCACCACUAAAAGUCAAAUCACCCAGCCUGAUCAAUGAUAUCUGUUUUGUAUUAAUUGAAUGUCUGCAUAUUAAAACUGAUUUCAAAGAAAAUUGCGUAUACAUGCCAUUGCGAUGUUUAAACCAAACAUCUGCAUGUUUAAGGCAUGUACACUUGAUACGAACCUCUAACUCAAGAAUAAUGACAACACUUUAAAAAAAAAUGAUUGAAAAGAAAAUCGUGUUACGCACUUUUGUGAUUUGUUCUCUGAAUGUAAUAUUGCCAUGUAAAUUUUUGCUUAGUAAAAAGAUGGCUGAACUUGUUGGAACAACAAAUGGCUCUGUUGAUAAUAUUUGACAUUAAUGAAUACUCCUGUCAUCACAGAUUGAUUUGUCUUUUGUGCCUGGAUUGACUCAACUUUCAGUACUGGGACAAUAUGGUCAUUACAGGAUCUAUUCUAGUCAGGUGGGAGGUAGAUAUGACUGGAUGAUAUGGCUUUGGUCGCAAUGACCACUGACCCAAUAAAUAAGCAGUCUCUUUCAAAAUGUACUUAAUUUUACAUGCUUUCUGCAGAAAAUUGAAAUAUAGGGUAAACAAUCAGGCAGAAGCAGCAUAUUUUAAUUUUUUUCAACACACGACUUAAGUGAAACAAAAUUUGUAAUGGAGCACAAACUGUUGGUUGUAAAUUGGGUUGGGGAAGGUCAUCAUAAUAGAUAUGGCAUUAACAUAGAGAAAUAAAUUCAUGAAAAAAGUGUAUGGCUUGUAAUAAGAGGGGGUCAUAAUGGGGAAGGUCUCGUUUAGGUUUUACUGUAAUAGAUAAUAAGGUAAAAAUGAAUCCAAUUUAUAACUCUAACAUAUGCUGCUCACUGUUGAAAGGUUGUGGACAGCAUUAAGGCAGGCAUACAUCAUAUGCAAAAUAUUUGUCAUAGUUCUUGGUUCUGUGGUCGUGUCCUUAAGUUGGCAUAUUUUGUUCGUUUACUAUAUGUUGCUCACGUUUUAAAUGUUGGUAACAUUGCUUUUGAAAUCAUGUCUGUAGCAAUUAAUCUUGAUGUUUUUGUUUCAUUCUGUUAAAAAGGCUUUUUAAUAUUUAAGCAUCGCAGUCUGCACUAGGUGAUAUGUAAAUUGUGUAGAUAUAGAGUUCCUAUUCUGUGAUAUUGAAGUUGGUUGGUUGACAAGCUGGCAUGGGAAAUUUUGAUUAAAUGUUUCAGUUAUUUUGUCAGGAAUUAGUUUAUACAUACCUCAUCAUCCACUAUUAUCUUUCAUUUAUCAUUACUGGUCUGCACAGAGAAGGUGAUCUUUGUCAUGACACUGCAUAUUCAUUAUUAUUAUAAUUGCAAGAUUAUUAUUAUUAUAUGUAUUGUAAGCUCUGGGCCAUUUUAUAUACCCUUUAAAAAUAUUAGGAAACAAAGAACUAGCUGGUUUAGAUUUACAAAAGCUUAUUUGUAAGCAAGGAAUAGCUGGUGAAGAGGAUUUAUUUGUAAGAAUAUAUGUGUGCCUGAGUGUCUGUAAGUCUUUUCUUUAUAUGCCGUUCUUUCUAAAUUGUUUUAUUAUAGAUUAUCUUGUAUUUAUGCUGUGUCUUCUCUGUAUCCCUUGGCAUCAUUACAUAUUCCUAACACAAGAGGAAAAUCACGUCAGAAGUUUUUAAAAGCAUAACAAAGAUAUUUUGAAAUAUUCAAAACGACCAACAUUUUAAGGGACAAUACUGAGCUCCAAAUUUUCAUACAUAAUUUUCUAAUCUACAUAUAUGCCGCACUCUGUCCUUUUACAUCCCUGAUUGUUUUUACAAAUUUCACAAAAAUAUUUAAUAUGCGUGAUGUAAAUAUAGGUUACAAGCAUUUUCCAAAUGAAUUAUCAUUUGACUAUGCACACAAACCAGCAUUUGUUUCUGGGACUGCUGUAUGUUUGUAAAACUGAUUGAUCUCAGCAUUAUUCUUGAUAAAACCUCAACCAACAAGAAGGGGUGAAAAAUGAGUCUUUUUUUUGUGCACAAUAUCCAUGUGUAUAUGUGAGAUGUAAUGAAUAUAAAGGUCAUGCAUAUAUGCAUAUACAUGCAAAUGCACUUUCUUGUGCAUUUUAAGUCACACUGUUGAUUUUCCAUAAAGGAUUAAGUUUUCUAUUGUAUGAUACACAUCUUUGUGUUUGUAAGAUCUACCAAAAGAUUCUGUCGGGCAUAGUUUUGGAAAUGUUUUCAUGCAACUCCGUUGUUCUUUCUUCACUAUUGCUAUUUUAAUGGUAUUCUCUUAGAACAGUAAAUAUGAAAGCACUUUUUUUGCAAAACAUUUAAAAGAAACACUAAUGGAAACAUUUCAACACUUUAUAUAGCCUGCACUUUUUUUCUUUCUUUUGAAUAACAAAUGUCUAUAUGCAUUUGACAUGGAAAAUACACUGAAAUAUUUUGAUGUUAUCUUGAUCAGGUUGACAUUUCAUUAUAGAUUUUUUGGUCUGUACAUAUUUUGUAAUUUUCAUUAAUUCUUGUCAACUUCACUUUUAUUUUCAAAGGUGGAUUGUCCAGUACUUGCAAUUAAUAUUGCAAUGUAUUUUCAAGUGCAUAUUAAGGAUGAGCAUUUGUGGUUACCCAUGAUGAUGAGUGUACAGAUAGUAUAUUUCGACCAUGUACAUUAAACACAAAGAAUUGCUGUUGGAUAUCUAGUUUCUUGCUAUUCAUCUUUGCAAAGCUCUGACUGUGAAAAUUUAAUAUAAAAUCUUUACAAAAUAAAACAGGAAA